CGUAACAUAAUAUUUCUUCCUACCAUAGAGUUGUUGAUUUGUUUGCAUUUCUUUUAUACGCUCUUCCACUCUCUCCUUCUUUCUGGUAUUUGUCUUUCGUUUCUUUUUCUAUGUUUUCUUUCUGUUAUGCGUCUCUGUCUUCUAUAGCUUUUCUUGUUUGGGUUUUUCCUCGUUUUCCUUUCUUUCUUUCUCUUUUGUCCUUGAUUUCUUUUGUCCUUGAUUUCUUUUGUUCUCUUGUCCAUGUUUUCUCUUAUCAUUCCUCACUCUCCUGUUUUUGUUGGUUUCUAUUAUCUUCUUUUUAGUGUCUUUUGCAACUUUUAAGGAUGAUGUCUUAAAAGGUCUACGAGCAUUAAUUCUAUACUCAACCCAACACAGUAAUAAUAAUAAUAAUAAAUUGUUUUUGUUUUUUUUUCAACUUUGUAUUGUGCAAACAAAUCCUUUUUCAUUCUGUAUGCCAAUUUUACAAAAAAAUAAUAUUUUUACACGUGCUUUUUCUGUCGUUUACUUUUCACGUUAUUUUAUGAUGAAAAGAGGUUUAGUUCGAACCAUUACAAAUUCUUGAAAGAGAAUUCGAUGAUCAUUGAAUUAUGUUCCUUGAUGAUUUCUACAAUACGAUAAGUAUACGAUAUAUUCUCAUUAUUGCAGCCGCUAUACCUCUUAUCUUCAUCUUACUAACUGUUAAUACUGUUCAUUUUUUUACAAAUGACUAUAAUCUAAGAAAUUUAAAUCUGAAUCACGUUUCAUGCCAUCACUGGUUUAUCUUUAGCUCAAGUUCACGAUUAGAUCAAUCCCUUAUUCCACAUCAACCAAAUAUUUCUAUCAUUAUCGUUACAAAUCAUAAUCAAUCGAUUCCCAUAUUCAACAAAACAAAUAUUAUUUUUCUAAAUUCUGAGAAACAAUAUAAUAGUACUUUUCGUUCAAAGAAUCCGAGAGUCAUUGCUUAUCUUCUUGCUAUUAAACAUGGCGCUCGUUUUAUUUAUGAAUUUAGUACAAAUAUUUCGUUUCAUUAUUAUCAAAAUAUUCAAUAUAUAGCUUUUCGACGAGAACGAUCACCAUUUAUUAAUAUUUAUCCAACAUUUACUGCUAAUUUUAAUCACUGUUCACCGGGUCUACCAAAAGAUGAACUCUUGAAUAUCACAGAAGAUGGUUGGAGUUCAAUAAGAAUAAUUGAUCCGUAUCAAGAAACUAUUCAUCCACUUAUUCAACAACAAAUUUUAAUUUAUGAUGAUAAAGAAGUAUCAUUAGUCAAUCAUCCGCCUGUCGGUGUGGAACCAUUCACAUUUGCACCAUUUUCAAGUCAAAAUAUUCUUUUCGCUUAUGAUGCAUUUUGGGGUUUAGUAUUACCUUCAUCAAAGUCAGAUAUUUGGCGAAGUUGGUGGGUACAAAGACUAUUAUGGGAUAUUAAUGCACAUGUCGUUUUCACUUCUAUUGCACAUGAAAUAAACAUGACGAUGACAAUAGAUGAUAAAAAAAAUGAAAAAGAAGAUGCAAAUGUUGGAAAACUUGUUCGAUUUUUGAGCACAUGGAAAUCAACAAAAAUGACAUUAGUUGAACGAAUUGAACAGCUCAUAAAUGAUAUGAUUGAAGAAAAAUUUUGUGAUGUGGAAGAACAGAAAGUAGUAAAAGAUUGGAUCGAUGAUUUGAAAACAAUAAACUAUGUUUUUCCAUCGAUUAAGAACAAUAUGUCACAAUCAAGAUCAUCUGGAACACUUCGUCGUCGUCGAAUCGCCGUUUGUAUGACUGGUAUUAUUGAAUGCAUUGAAGAAGUAUGGAAACCAACCAUGAAUGCAAUUCGAACACACGUCAAAGGUGAAAUGGAUAUAUUUUUGUAUUUGUCAUCUAGUGAGCCAUUCGGUUCUCAAAUGCCAAAUAUUCCUUUACACAUUCGUCUCGUUGAAGCAUUACGUUAUCCAAAUUUUACAGUAAAAGUUUUAUUUGAAAAUAUUCCGAAGCUUGAUCCUCACUUUCCACCGAAUUGUACGACUGAUGCUAAUGUUGACCAACCUGACUUUAAAAUUCCAAGAUAUUAUCAACAAUUAUUUGGUUUAAGUAAUUGUUUUUCUCUCGUUCGUGAUUAUGAAAAGAGACAUAAUAUUAAGUAUGACAUUAUGGUAAGAUUAAGAGCCGACCUACAGUUUCUUCAAAUUCCAGCAACAUUUGAUCGAGAAUCACCAUUCGAUAUAAAUACUACCAUGAUUUUACCACCGAAUCGUUAUGGUUCAAGAGUAAACGAUGGCUUUGCUAUCGGUCCAAUCGAUUUAAUUGAGGUCUAUAUGAAUCGAUAUUAUGCAUUUCGAGAAUGUUUAACUCGUGACUUACAUCCUGAACGAUAUCUAUACUUUUAUUUGAAUUAUCGAAAAGUGAAGAUGACGAUAGAUGAAACAACUGUAGUAGAACAAAUUCCUCAUUCACCAAAAAGUUGCCACUGA